AAAAAAUAAAAGCAUAUAUGUUGGAUCUGCUACUAAACAAACAGUCACAAACAAUUUAAACCUUGUAAUUGCAAAGGAUCUUUGUCAUACAUUCACAGAAGAUGUUUGAAUGAAUGGGCAACAAAGUAGUACCAUCAAAACAAUUAGAUAAUAAAAUGUCCUAAUUGCAAAUAUGAAUAUUUAUUUGCAAUAAAAGAGUGCUAUAAAGUAAACCUAAAGGUUAUUUAAGUUGCGCAAUUUUUCAACUUGGCAAUUUUGUGAUUCAAUAGAAAAAAUAGUCUUAAUUUGUAUGACACUAAGUUUAAUAGUAAUUUCUGGACUUGAUUUUAUGUCAGUUUCUGAUUAUUUACAAGUUGAUGAAACUGAUAAAUAAGAAGUUACAAUGUUUAAAUGGGUGAAUAGAGUUCAUUUUGGUACAGUAUUAAUUAUACUCUGUUCUGCAACAUUUAAUAUAAUAUAAAUGGCUGUGAGUAAAACUGAAUUAGAAAUUUUGGAUAUAAGAAAUUGA